AUUUAAAGCUUUUUGACGCGGUAGUCGGUACAGAAAAAGAGGGGCUGGCUAAAAGGUGGAAGACGAAGAAGACUUCCUAUUUCUCUCUGCAAUUUCUGGUGAUAUUAUCAUGUUUCUUUUCUCGUGAUUAUGCUUAUGGGACAUGCUGAUGUACUAAGCUUCUUGUUCGCGGCUGGUGUGUGGUGUGCAACAUACAUGUUAGUUGCAGUUCUUGGCGUCUUUCAGAUUUUCAGUUUUCUUAGAACCUGUGUCUUCAGUUGAUCUCUUGGCCACGUGUAGAAGGAACAUAAAAGGGAGUGAUCAUGGGCUAUGCACAGUUGGUUAUUGGCCCUGCCGGCAGUGGAAAGUCCACUUACUGCUCGAGUUUGUAUCAACAUUGUGAGACCACACGACGCACUAUCCAUAUUGUGAACCUAGAUCCUGCUGCAGAGAAUUUUGACUAUCCAGUGGCUAUGGACAUCAGAGAGCUCAUCUCGCUGGAUGAUGUUAUGGAAGAACUUGGUUUGGGACCAAAUGGUGGCCUUAUGUAUUGCAUGGAACAUCUUGAAGAAAAUUUGGACGAGUGGCUAACAGAAGAGUUGGAAAACUACUUGGAUGAUGACUACCUAGUCUUUGACUGCCCAGGCCAGAUUGAGCUUUUCUCACAUGUUCCUGUGCUGAAGAACUUCGUGGAACACCUGAGGCGUAAAAAUUUUAAUGUUUGUGUUGUAUAUUUACUUGAUUCUCAGUUUAUUACAGAUGUGACCAAAUUCAUAAGUGGUUGUAUGGCUUCACUCUCUGCUAUGGUUCAACUUGAACUACCCCAUGUUAACAUACUCUCAAAAAUGGAUCUUGUGACAAACAAAAAGGAAGUUGAGAAUUACUUGAAUCCAGAGCCGCAUCUGUUACUGGCAGAAUUGAAUCAGCGAAUGGCUCCACAAUUUCAAAAGCUUAACAAAUCAUUGAUUGAAGUGGUGGACCAGUACAGCAUGGUGAGCUUUAUCCCUCUUGACCUGAGAAAAGAGAGCAGCAUACAGUACAUCUUAUCUCAGAUUGACAACUGCAUCCAGUAUGGAGAGGACGCUGAUGUAAAGGUUAAAGAUUUUGACCCAGAGGAGGACGAUUAAAAGUUAUUUUUCUUGACUCAUUCUAAAAUCAACAAGUUCUAUUGAACUGUUGCUUUGGCAGGUGGUGAAAAUGUAUUAACAAGUGUCUUUUAUGAGACUUACCUUUUUUGAGCUUCUGCUCAUUAAUUUUCUUCUGCAUUAUAACAUGCUUCGAGGUAAAAAGACUGCUGUUCGCUGGAAAUUUUCCCAGUUUCAAAUCACAGCUUGUUGGACAUUACGUUUUAGUAAAAUUUCUCUUCUUUCUUU